AUGGGUGGUCCGCCAAACAAGCGCGCGCAGGCCGAGAAGCAGUCCAACGGCUCAUCCAAUGGAUCUUCCGAGUCUCGCAAUGCUACGCAGCAGUCUGCACCAAAGUCCAUCCCUCGCCUAGACGGAAACCGCGACCCCGGUAUGCGAAAGCCUGUUGAGUACAUGGCUACCAACGACCUCAAGAACCUGUCCGAGUUUCUUGGUCUUGAGGGUUGGUACAAGGCUCGAGGUAUCACUGUUCCACACAAGCUGCCCCAGCGUCCCCAGAGCUUCAAUCCGCACGGCAAAGCUGUCGGCAUUGUUCUCAACACGUUCAACGUCAUCAAGUCUCCAAACACUGUCGUCCACCAGUACGAUCUUCAUUUCACGGGCGACGGCACCGACUACACCAAGCGCGCCUUGCUGAAGAAGAUCUUCUACUCCCGCAGUGUCCAGAAAGAACUUGGAACUAACAACAAGUGGAUCUGGGACACUAACAAGAUCGCUUGGUCUGACAAGCGUCUAGAGCGCGAGGACACGCGCAUCUCGGUCGAUCUGGACGAAGAAGAAGGCCGCCAGACCAAGCCCGGUGCCCGCGGAAACAAGCACACGCUUCACAUCCGCUGGACUCGUAAGGUCGACUUCAUCGGACUGAAUGCCUUUCUUCAAGGACAAGCCUCGUGGUCGUCUGACUGCAUCGACACACUCAACUUCCUCGACCAUGUCAUGCGUGAGUGGCCUUCUAAGCAGUAUACCAUGAUCAAGAAGUCCUUCUUCCAGCGCGGCGAGCAGCGCUUUGAUCUCGGUGGAGGUAUCGAGGCUUUCAAGGGCGUUUUUACUUCCCUUCGUCCAGUCCUCGACGACAAGUUCAACAAGUCGCUGUCUGUCAACGUGGAUGUUGCCAAUGGUACUUUUUGGCGUUCCCAAGAGCUCGCGCGCGCCAUCGGACAGGCGUUCAACUGUAGUCCACCGCAGUUCUCCAACAUGUUCAAGAAUGCCGCCCGUGAUUGGAAGGCGUCUAUGUUGAAGAAGGACCUCCGCAAGUUCAAGCGUCUUGGUGUAUCGGCCAUGCACACAAAGCCACCUACGCAGUGGACCAUUGACGAGUUUGUCAACAUGGACGCGUCCCAGGCUCGCUUCCCGGAUCCGGAUGAUCGUUCCAAGAUGAUUUCUGUGGCAGAGUACUUCAAGAAGAAGUACAGCAUCACGGUCAUGGCCGGCAUGCCCGUCGUCAAGAUGACCAAGAUGAUCCGCAAGCAGCCUGUAUACAUGCCUAUUGACGUGCUCAAGAUCGAUGCCAAUCAGCGCUACAACACCAAGUUGAGUGAUACACAGACGUCUAACAUGAUCAAGUUUGCCGUGACGCUUCCUAAAGACCGCUGGGCAGCGGUUCAGCAGGGCGUUCGUCUUCUGAACUGGGCCAACGACCCAUAUCUCAGUCAUUUCGGCAUUCAGGUUAACCCUAACCCAUCCAAGGUACAGGCUCGCGUUCUGCCACCGCCAACGGUGCAAUUUGGUGCGGGUUCCAAGGAGAUGACCAUCAAACCCUCCGACAUGAUUCAGGGUAGGUGGAGGCUGGACGGACGCAAGUUCAUCCUUACCAACAAGAACAAUGACCGCGCUAUUCGAGCUUGGGGUGUGUGCUGUGUCCAGGGUCGCGGCAGCCCUCCUCUGCAAGCUGUCGAGACCUUUUGCCAGAAGUUUGUGCAGAUCUACGAGUCCCACGGAGGCGUGGUUGCUUCCCACCCUCAGUUCGGCAAGAAGCCCUGGAUGGGUCCUGGUAAUCUGGCCGAUGGCGGUGAGAUGGUUCAGAAGGUAUGGAACAUGACUGGCAAUAGGUACAACGCGCCGCCUAGUCUGCUCAUCUUCAUCGUCAAUGACCGCAACAUUGAUGUGUAUCGCCGCAUCAAGAAGUCCUGCGACAUCCGCUUCGGCGUUGUUUCGCAAGUUCUCCAGGCAAAGCAUGUCAUGUCUGCUUCUCCGCAGUACAUUUCGAAUGUUUGCAUGAAGGUCAACGCCAAGCUCGGCGGUGCUACUUGCGUCGCGAAAUCGCAGCUUAUUCCCAAGAUCGCUCCCAAGGCCGCUUCAAUCCCUACCAUGGUAGUCGGUGCCGACGUCUCUCACCCUGCACCUGGAGCAGGAUCUGGUGAGGCUGCUUCGUUCGCGGCCAUGACCAUGUCUUCAGACAUCCAUUUCACUCGGUACUGGGCUGAGGUUCAGACCAACGGAAAUCGCGUUGAGAUGGUGACUACGGCCAACAUUGAUCAGCAAUUCGGUUUCAUGGCGAAGAACUGGAUGCAGAAGCUUGGCCAGGGAAGGCCGCCCCAGCGUGUUCUUUACAUCCGUGACGGCGUCGGCGAAGGACAGUACGCUGCAGUCCUUGAAGAAGAAGUCCACGACAUGAAGGAAUGCUUCAAGAAGUUGGGCUGCAAGGAGGUGCCAAAGUUCACGGUUGUCAUUGCCGGCAAGCGCCAUCACGUCCGCUUCUUCCCUGAGCAUGGAGACCGCAACAGCAAUCCUCUUCCGGGCACUUUGGUGGAGUCUGGCUGCACGCACCCUUUCGAGUUUGACUUCUACCUGUGCUCUCACGUCGCGAUCAAGGGUACGGCCCGCCCUAUCCACUACCAGUGCAUUCUCAAUGAGGGUGAAUGGUUGCCGACGGAGCUUCAGCAGUUCAUCUUUGAACACUCAUACCACUAUGUCCGCUCUACGACUCCUGUUUCGCUUCAUCCAGCCGUCUACUAUGCCCACCUUGCCGCCGACCGCUCACGGGCUCAUCUCAACGAGAAUCCCGUCUCGUCUGGAAAGAAGGAGACCAAGAUAGAGCAGCAGUCGUCGACUGGCUCGUCCAAGCAGAACGUCGAGAUUGCUCCGCUGAUGCCGAUGAACAACAGCCGUGGUAUCAAGGACGUCAUGUGGUACAUCUAG